AUGGCCUUCAGAGCAACGAAGGUGCUUCUGGGUGUCCGCUUGCCGGAUUACUCUCUACCUUCGCAGGCUAUCCUGCGUGCGAUUCAAGAGAGUGGGCCCUUGACUGUGGCUCAACUAUGGGAGAAAAUGUCUCAGGGCGACAAGUUCAAGACCAAGAAUCACAUGAAGAGGGUGAUUGACGUAUUGCGCGAGCAGCAAAGAGUUGUUGCCAAGCCGGUGGAUCGCACCGUGAAGAGGUCUCCUCAUGCGUAUCAUCUCGGCCUUAAGCCCAAGAUAGUGGAUGCAAAUGGAAAUCUGAUCGAAGUCAAUGUGAGUAAGGCAACCUCAGGAUCUGCAAACGAACAAACGAUGGGAACUCAAUGA